UAAGAGGAUUUUUUUUUGUUCAAUUUAGAUGGAAGAAUCGGUUUCGUGCCAUAAGAUCGAAAGCCUGUGUAAGGUCUGCGGAGAUAAGGCUUCGGGGAAACACUAUGGUGUUUCCAGUUGUGACGGAUGCAGGGGAUUUUUCAAGAGGAGCAUUAGAAGGAAUCUGGAAUACGUUUGCAAAGAAAGCGGCAGAUGCAUCGUGGACGUAACCAGAAGAAACCAAUGCCAAGCCUGUCGGUUCAAGAAAUGCUUACAAGUGAACAUGAAGCGAGAUGCAGUACAGCACGAGCGCGCCCCCCGGACCACCCACCCUUCCAUCCACCACUACCCCAUAGGGUUCACACCCAGGUUUCGAUCCCUACAGCAAUCCUCAGUAUUUUCCAGUUUACCCUUACAUUUCCCUACCGCCUCCUUACUGGACCACGCCGUUCCUUCACCACUUACCCACGGCAGCUACAACAUGCAUCACGGAUUGAUUUAUCCGAACAACCUGUUGGGAGGACAACAGUUUCAGAAACCUACGGCCAGUUUGGCUUGUUCUGUUUUGAAUCCUCUAACGUACCUAGAAAAACCACAACAAUACCUAAAAGUUGACCUGUCGAACUCCCCACGAGAAUCAUUAAAAGACGACGAGGUGUCUAGCUCAGAAGAAAUUAAUAAAGAAAAAAGUAACAAAGAAGAAAACCCAAAUAUAAGACUGGAACUACCGAUAUUGAAUGAUCCUGCAAUAACGAAACCUCCCAAUUUGAUCCCACUGGACAUAUCGUCCAUGUCGGUGUUUGCCGAAAACGUUUACGAGUCCGCAGCAAAACUCCUGUUUCUGGCUAUAAAAUGGGCUAAAACUAUCCCCUCGUUCCUACAGUUAUCGCAAAGAGACCAAUCUAUUUUGCUAGAAGAAAGCUGGAACGAACUGUUUAUACUUACGGCGGCCCAAUGGUCUUUACCCAUAGAUGAAGUUGUUCUAGCGCAUAACGCAAACGCUUCCAUGACAAGACAAACGGUUUUAGAGAAUGACGCUCGUAGAUUGAGAGAUAUCAUUUCAAAAUUGAAUUUGCUGAGGGUGGAUCAUACUGAGCACGCUUGUUUGAAGGCUCUGGUGCUAUUUAAAGCCGAUUGUCGAGGCUUGUGCGAGCCCACACACGUCGAACUCCUGCAGGAUCAAACGCACGUGAUGCUCCACGAAUACUGUAACCAGCGGCAAAAUCACGCUAAAGCGCGUUUCGGUAAAUUGCUCCUGACAUUGCCCGCCAUCCAGAGUCUCCCUAAAAAAAGUCUGGAAGAGUUGCUGUUUAAACAGACUGUCGGUGACGUGGCCGUCGACAAGUUAUUGGGGGACGUCGCUAAAGCCACUUAUACCGAUAAUAGUUAAGUGCGGAAGUGUAUCUCUUUCUCUCUCUUGAACAACUUUCCUUAUACAGGAGUAUUAAUAAUAAUUGUUUUGUGCCAACUGUGAUGGUCGUGUUGUUUGAACAAGAAAUGUGUUCCUGCUAAUAGUUUAGUCAUAUUUAUGUAUGUAUACGUUUUGUUUUUGUUUAUUUUUUAAUAAAAUACGUGCAAGCUUAA